CCUUUUUUCUUCAAUUUGCCCGACACUUUAUCUCUUUGCCUUCUUUUUCGUUUUUCAUCCUCAUCAAUUCCCUCUCUUUAUCCAGACGCCAUUAAAGCUCAAAUCUCAAGCUUUUUCGCCGCUUAGUUUCCUCUUUGCCGAUCCUCGGCCUUCGCGCUCGCUUCCGCCGUCUCCAUUCUCAAUCGCCUCGGAAAACCCUAAUUUGAUUUCGAGUUGUAGAUUCUGGUUUCAAAAUGCCGGCUACAGCAGGUAGGGUGCGUAUGCCCGCGAAUAACCGGGUGCACAGUAGUGCUGCUCUUCAGACUCACGGAAUUUGGCAGAGUGCGAUUGGUUAUGAUCCCUAUGCUCCCACCAAAGAUGAUUCCAAGGUGGCUUCUCAGAGCAAGACUGAGGAAGAUCCUGAGAAUGCUUAUGCAAAUUUCCAGGGUUUGCUUGCUCUAGCUCGAAUCACUGGUUCAAAUAACGACGAGGCCCGUGGUGCUUGCAAGAAGUGUGGCCGUGUUGGGCAUCUUACUUUUCAGUGUAGGAACUUUCUGAGUGUUAAAGAGGAUGAGAAAGACCAAGAUCUGAUUCAGGCCAAUGUCUUGGCAGGGCUGCAGAAAAUUAAGGGUAGUUUUGGGAAAAUGAAUGGUAAAGUGGCUGCUGAGAGCGGAGAGGAGAGUUCUGAGGUGGAUGAUGAGACUGAGAGCUCUGAUUCUAGUGAAGAUUCUGAGAUGGAGAAGAUUAUUGCUGAAAGAUAUGGGAAGAAAAAGAAGGCCAGUAGCAAAUUGAAGUCUACAAAAAAGAAGAAAGAUACCUCGGAUGAUGAAGAUUCUGAUUCUGGAAGGAGGAAGAAAAGGGGUAGGUCAAAGAAGAGGAGGAGUGGGAAAAGAUCAGGGACCGAUUCAGAUGAUGAUAAUGAUGUUCGCAGGAAGAGGAGAAAGGAAAAGAGAAUGAAGAAGGAUGAAUCAUCUGAUGAAGAGGAGGAACGUCGAAAGAGGAAGAGUAGGAAGGAGAAGAGGAGGAGGAGGAGCCAUCGACAUGCAGAUGAUUCAGAUGAUACUGAUGAAUCUCCUAAGCGGCGUAAGAGAAAGAGCAGGAGGGCUAGGUUACCUUCUGAUUCCGAUGUCAGUGACUCGGAGGAUUCUAGGAUUGGAAGGCACUCAAAGCGCUCAGACAAGAAGAGCCGGAAACGAUCUUAUGAAGAUGAUGAGUAAUGUUGUUAUCUUUAGGGAGUGGAUUCAUGUACCAUGUCAUCUGAACUAGCUACUGCAAAGUUAUAUAUGGCUGAGCGCUGUGAAAUAUGCCAUCUAUCUUCCAUGUUUCCGAGGAAUGGAAAUCAAAUAUAGUAGUAGGGCUCUUGCCCCUUGUAUUCUGUUAUUACGAAACUGGUUGCUUUUAUGUACGGAGCUAUCCAUUUAAUUUUGCUUGUUUAUUCAACCUACAUGGUGAAUGGUAUUGGUUAUGACUUUAGUAAGUUAUUAUAUAAUCUUAUGUUUUUGCUGGGAACAUCCACGAUGAACAUGGACAGACUUGUACACAAGUAUGUUAUUGUCUGCGUACGUCUUACGCCAUGUUCAAAAUUUCUUGCAUCUCCCCAUCAACUAUCUUGAA